UACGUGAGGUUGUUGGUGCGUUCACUCAUUCAUUUUUUUUUCAUCAUUCAAAUAAUUUUUUUUUUUCUUUCUCAAAAUUUUAUAACGAACACAAGUGUUGCGGACAAAAAAUAAAUAAAUAGAAAAGUACUGUGAAGACAAAAUAAUAAAUUUACAAUAAAAAUAUUUGAAUUUAUUAAAUACAAAUUAAUUAAAAUCAAUUGAAAAGUAAAAUUGAAUUGACUGGAGUUUAAUGUUAUGUACCCAUAGUGGGGCUGGUUGACGGUCUUGAUGUUGAAAUAUUUUUGUGCCACAGUGGAUUUUGUCGUUGGAUUAUAAUUCUUCAUUAUAACGACAACAACAACAGCAACGCCAACAGAAAACGCUUAGAAAGCAUUUUUUUACAAAAUUAUUCCAUUUUAUUUAUUAAACGAUAAAAUUAUAAAUAAACAUUUAAAGAGUUCAUCCAUACAUAAUACAUUUGCAAAAGUCACAAGAUUUAAUAAACAGCGGUCUAGAUUUCUAGAGAACGUAGAAAUAAAAAAAAAACAAAAUUUAUAAACCUCUAUAGUACGGAGAAUAAGAAUUAGAUCAAAUCCAUUUUGUGGUUAUGUUAUUAUUCUUAUUCUGUUCUCCCAUUUGUUGCCAAUAUUCUAUAUUACAAAAUAACUCUAUUCUGAUUGCUGCUACAACACUGUGAAAAGUUUACAUAAAAGUAAUUUUAAAAUAAUUGCAAUUUCUAUCAAUUGCCAUGAACACAAUGGGCAUCUCAACAGAUCCGGCUCUUUUAGAUGUUGAAUUGCCUCGCACUCUCAUCGAAUCACCAUCGGUAUCGACAUUUUUACCUGAAGAAGAGGCCUCCAUUUGUCCACUGCUGUCGUCCAAUACAAAUGGUACCACAACACCACUUACCUUCUCACAUCCACUUACACCGUGCAUUGACAAUGAUAACGAUAGCAAUACAUCGGCGAAUCUUUGUAAUGAGGAUGCCAAGGUCGAAACAAGUUCAUCGUCAGGCAGCAGCUCUGGCAUAGGAAUGAGUGUUCCAGAUGCAACAUCAACGGCUCUAUUCAACAAACACUCGUACAAACAUUUGCAAAAGAAUAAUUCUUCAGUUCAGGAUUCAAAUGGUCAUGGACCCAAUGGAAAUCUACAACUUACUAAUGACACACCAUCCUUUGUUUCCUGGAAUUGGCCGCUAAUACGUAAAUGUACUUUCUUUGUCUUUAUGUCCAGUUUGCUGGCCAUGUGUGCCAUAGUGGUGGCCAUGAUUGUAACGCUACCCAAAACCUGUAAUCCUAGAACCGCUUGGUAUCGUGGUAGUGUUUUUUACGAAAUAUUCCCUGCCAGUUUUCAUGAUUCCGAUAACGAUGGAAUUGGUGAUUUGCGUGGCAUUGUUAAAAGUACCGACUAUCUGAAAGCAUUGGGUGUCUCGGCAAUACGUCUUAAUUCUAUAUUCCCAUCUACCGAAUAUCCAGAUAAUUAUGAAAACAUUACCUCUUUAAUGGAAGUUUCUCAUGUUUUAGGCAAUUUGGAGGACAUGCAUCAACUAAGUCAAUCAUUACAUGCACGCAAUAUUUCGUUAAUUUUGGAUAUACCAUUGUUUCCUAUCUUAAAGGUAUUGGGUAAAUCUGAUGGAGCCGAGAUGGUCAAGGUACUGGCUGAUACACAAAUCAAUAACUCUGAAGCAGAAUCAGUUUCAACAACUACCGCCAGACCGAUUAUUACCGAGAAUACUAUAACUCAGGCUUUACAACACUGGGUGAAAGUUGGAGUGGAUGGUUUCUAUAUCAAGGGUCUUGAGAAAUUUGAUGAUCUUGAAGAUAUAGCUUAUCAUUUAGCAGAGUGGAAAGAUAUCAUUGGUCCUAAUCGUGUGCUAAUUGUUAAUGAGAAAAUAUUUGAAAAAUUGCAAGGAGCCCAAAGAAAAUUGGCCCUUUCACAUGUUGAUUUGGUGGAUGUCCACUUGAAUAUUUUCAAUGGCACUGAGUAUUUGGAAAAUCGCAUUAAUUCCAUUUUAUCUUCCGACUUGGGACCCACUGAUACUGGUGUAUGGAUUCAUUGGUCAUUGGCCGGUGUUGACAGGCAGCGUCUUACUAGAAAUAAACAAAGCACCAAUUACACCUUGGCUGCCACCAUAAUGCAACUAAUGCUUCCCGGUACACCAAAUAUUUUCUAUGGUGACGAAAUUGCUUUACAAGCGGCCCACGAUCAACUUAAUGAACACAAUGAAACCAAACAUUUGCAUCAUUUAGCCACCAUGCAAUGGCCUCAGAACUUUAGUCAACAAUUUACUAAUCGCGAAACCCUACCCUGGUUGCCCAAAUCACCACAAGCUGAAUUGGACACUUUCAUUCUCAUAUCGAAGAUGGUGGAUUUACGCGAUCGUUCUCCUUCCAUUUACAAAAAUUCCAUUUGUAAAGCGGAAACUAUACUUCCUAAUACCGUAAUAAGACGCAGUAACGAUGAUAUCUUAAUAGUGGAACGUACGUAUCCACGUCGCAAUACCUUUGUGUCGGUAACGAAUUUUGGUCAAAAACGUUUGACCAUGGAUAUGACUUCCAUGUACUAUAGUGGUCAUAUUAUGCUGGAGACAGUCGAUAGUGACAAAAUCUAUUUUGGCGAAUUUAAAAUCGGCUCAACCGAAAGCAUUGUGGUUCGAUUGGAUAAAUAAAAUAAAACAAGAAAAUUUGUAGGUUCCAAAUUGAAAACCACCGUAAAAUGUACUUAGAAUUGUUAUAAAUCAUUAUUUGUUAUAAAUAUUACAUACUUACAUACAAAUUUCAGUUAUUUUUUAAUAAAAAAUAAACAAAAUUGUACUUUAAUAAAAAAAAAU